AUGAUAGUAUAUAGUAUUGUUCACAUUUGUACCUUAAUAUUUUAAAUAAAGAUUUAAAAGAGAGAGAGAGAGAGAGAAUAGAACUACACUUAAACCACGCCCACCGGAUGUACGCAGUUUACCCGGGAAAUCUGCGUUUACUUUCUGCAGAGGUGAAGAGGAACCACCAGGAGUUACUGAAAAGCUGGUAAGUUAUCUUUUCAUUGUUAUGAAAAAUGAUAUGUACCUGUUAUUUUUCUGUCUGAGACAGGAGAAGUUUUAAAGAUAAGUCCAAGUAGUUAGAAACCUUAAAAAUAAGAGGUCUUUUAUCUGUUUACAGUGUUAGACUAGAUAUGGAGUAGUGAGUGGUCUGUUCACCUGGUUCACUCGAUUUGGCCUUGGACCAAUGUUUCUUUACAUUUCUUACAUGAAGUCGUCGUCCGUGUAAAGUUUCUUCUUACAGAAUCCGUCUCUCAAAACCACCAACGUAUAAAGAUAAAACUCUGGGAUCGUCGUUUUGAGGGAAAGCAAACAAAGCGACUAGAAAACAGCACAGACGACCAUCUAACGCAGUGCUUCACUCAGAUUGAUACUUCACCCAAGUUUUAGAGUAAAACAGAGAUCUGUAAUUUUGUAUGAGUGAAAAAUUAAGAUUUGAAGUUUGCUUAAAAAGUUAUUGAGUGAGUCCUGAUACAACAGAUUGUACAUGCCAGUCCUUCCCCACGUUGUUUUUCUUGGUACUUAUUUGGUGUCCUUUAUCUCAAAGUUUUUCUUCCAAAGGUCCAAAAUGGAGAAAAUUACUGAGAAACUUCUACUGGAGAAAGGCUCUCCAAAAACCAACAAACUGGAGCAUAUCAAGACCCUGAAGUAAGCAUGGUUUCCAUCAUUUUAAAAUAGUCUUCAUUUCUGUCUUUUGUGUUAGUUUUUGUUUGCACUAAGAGAUUGCUAAUUUUCAGAACACAGAUUACUGAUUUAUUCAUCAAUUAGUCAUUCUUUAUGGAUAAAAAUGUAGUGCGUGGAUUAUUUAGAGCAAUAGUGGACCUUGCAGCUUCUGUUCAGUGCAUUUUCUAUCUUAUUUAAACACUAACUUGUGUUAACUCUGUUAUUUAGUCUCUCUAAGCUGGCGCUAAAGCAUCAGGACCUGCUGGUUAAGCUGCUGUCCCGUCUUCAGUCCCUUGAGCGUUUGGAUCUGUCUGGAAACAGACUGCAGGAGUUACCAAAAAACCUGAAGCUGCCUGCGCUCAGAUACCUGGACCUAAGUAAUAAUCAGAUGGAGGAUGUGACCACUCUGGAGUCUCUAUGUGGUCUGGAAGAGCUCAAGAUGGAGGACAACCUUUAUAUCACUGUAAGGAAACAGGUCGUGACUUUGUUUUCUGUGUGAACCCUGCAGUUUUAGGUAGUUUCUGACAUGAUGCUCAUACAGGAGAAGGUUUAAAUAGAAUAAAAGCUUAUAUAUAGUUGAAUACUUUGACCUUGGUUUUGUGUAUUUGAACUGGGUCUGUGAGUCCUCCCACCCACAAUGUAAAGACAUGCAGAUUAGGCUCAAGUUUCGAUAGGUGUGUGAAUACUGGCUAUUGUGUUAACUGUGUGGUAGAUCACUGGGGAUUAUGCCCCAUUGUUUGCUGAGUGCGAACCAGGAUUUGCUUGGAAAUAGUGAAUAGACAGGAGGAAAAUGUAAUUUACAUUUCUGUCUGAGAUUAUUUUUACCUUGGGAAUCUCUUAGCAGUAAAUGAAGCCUAAGUCAGUUGUAGAAAGAAUAGACAACACCAUGCUGAAUGCUUUCGAGUCCUUUUAAAGCAGCUCAUUUUUUAGCUGUUAAAUGUGUUGAAUAAAGGUAAGAGAGUCACACUUUAUAAGAUUAACAGAGGGGACAGUUUUCCCUACAAUGAAAUUUGAUUUAGACAAAGAAACAAAAGAGAAGUUUAAAGAAAUUAGUGUUUUGUUUUGUUUUUUAAUGACACCUUACUUGAUCUAAAGACAUGUUCUGUAAUGAUGCUUUUCUUCCUUAGGUGAGUGAUAACUACAAGUUGAUGACCUUGUUGCCCAACCUGAGGAUUUACAAUGGUAAAGAUAUUACCACCACUGCCAACCACGUACGCUUCGUCUACAGCGAGAACCUGAGGACCAGGGUAUACAGACAUCUUUUUUUGUGAACAUAAUUUAUACAUUAAUGCUUCAAUGCAUUUUUAGUUACCAGGUCUCUAUUGGGUUUGUAAAUAUCGCUGCUUUGGCUGUUACAGAUAAAUGCAGUCUGGGAGAAGAGCUUCAGCCUUCCUGAUCCAAUCACAACUGAGAAAAUGUCCGCCCUGGAGACAAAGUUUGUCAGCACUGCCUGUCAGCAGGUUAAAUACGGACCAAAUUCAGUCGGUGACUUCACCAAAUGGAGGGUGAGUUCAGGGUCUUGGGGACAAUCUAGUGAGAGUGUUUAAAAGUUGCUUUCUAAAAGUUUUGUAAAUGUUUCUGUUGCCUUGGUUUCUCAGGUGGGGAUACUAGCCAGGGAAUAUCUGCGCUCCCUGACAGAACCAGAAGAAGAGGCAGAGAGCAGAAAGUCUGCUGACACAAAAGAGAACUCUGUAAGAUUUUAACAGUGACUCAGUUCAGUGGGCUUAGCUGAGCAUCUAUAUCAUUUUGAGAUCACUACCCCACUUGAAAUGUUGAAAGUAUGUCCAAUUCAACAAUUUCAUCUGCACUCAUCUAUCUAAACCAACUUGUUAAACUUUCCUCAGGAUGUCUCUACACUAACCAAGAGGAAACAAACUGACUCAGUCAAAGAGACUGACAAAAGCCUGACACCUCGCAAGAAACUGCGCACAGAUCCCCCGGCCUCUCCAGCUGAAAACAGUCCACGCAAAUCCAGCCUACGUCCAAAACUCCAGUGUCUAACUGUCAGGAUGAGUCCUCGCAAGGUAGCUCAGCCGCCCUCUACCCCGACCCGAGGGCGGACCAGAGCAGAGACACCUAGAGGAGGAGAAAGAGUGGGGGAAAGUGGAGAGAUCAGGGCUCAGAAAAAACAGAAAGAAGAUGUUGGCCGAAAGGAAUUGGAUACAACAGAGCUGCCAAAGACACAGGUAGAGAAGAUAGAGAUGGUAGCUGUGUUUUCUGUGAAAUAACCACAGUAUACAACAGCCCUUUUCAGACUAAAGACAUCAACAAUAACUUGAUUAAAUGUUCGAAUAGUGCAAAUUUCUACUCAUGAGGUAGCUUUAUGUCUGCACCAUCAGAUAUCCAGCUGUCCUUAUGUUCAGUGUCUUUUUAAUACUGUCUCCCGUGUCUCUUUGAAAUCUCACCCUUCCCUUCUUCUCUUCAUCCAUGUUUCCUUCCUCUUGUAGCCGGUGCACUUGAAGCCUCUCCACGUCCUCCAGUGUCACAGUAACCGCAACAGCUCUGAGGACUUUUCUACACAGCUGUGGGCCUGUGCUUUCCAGCCACUACCAGAUUCAACAGGUAUAAAGACAUUCUUCUUUUAAGGGGCUCUUCAUCGUCUUUAAACAAGCUAAAGGAUGAAUAGCUCUAGAGGUGGAAAAAAAAUCAACAUCAUAUCUCGUCUUUAUUGUAUGAACAGGCGCUGGUGGAGGGAGUCGUCUGGUGGCUACCUGUGGUGGAGACUCUAUCUGUGUGAUCGACUGUGAAACAGGGAUGGUGAUGAAGAAGUAUAAAGUCUCUAAUGAGGUUUGUUUGCUCUUAAUUUUUGUAGAUAAUUGUAUUUUUAUCCUGAAGUUUUCACUAAUAACACGAUCAAAGUCAAAACAAUCUGCCUCAUUCACUCAUUUAAGAUCAGUUUAAGAUUUAAUGUUGCCAAAGUUCAUUUUGUCGUAGUCUGUAACCUAAGGUGAUUCCAUAUUUGAGAAAAUUGCUGAGUAUGUUUGUAUAGAUGAAAACAGUGUCUUGAUUUGAUCUCUGAUGUCUUUCUGUGUUGUUCCUUCCUGGUGUUAUUUGUUUCUCUCAAAAGGUGUUCUUCUCCCUGGCCUGGUCCACAGUAUUGAUGUCCAGGGGAGGCGGGGCCUCGGCUCAACACUGCAGCAUUCUGGCUGCUGGUGGGACCAGAGGGGUGGUCAAACUGAUCCACCCCAGAAACAAUGUGGCAUACGGGGAGUUCAGAGCGAGCCGCAAGUCUCUGUCCGUCCUCUGCUUCAACCCUCGCCAGGGAAACUUUCUCUUCAGUGAGUCAUUACUGCCGCUCAGAAACGGUUUUCUUCGACAGGCAUAGAUACAAGUCGCACAUCUCUCCUCACUUUUUCUACACUUGUGUUUUUGUGUCCUGACCACUGAACUUUGUGUCUUGCAGCGGGAUCAUAUGAUAACAAGAUAGUGAUGUGGGACAUCGGCGGAGUGGACAGCCAGUACAACUUUAAAGUAGUGUAAGUGCUUUUUGGCUAAAGGUUUUUAGUUAACUUUUAUUGAAUACAGAAAUUCAGGAGUCCCUGCUCAACAAUAAAUUAGAGUAGAAUAUAUUGAAUACCAUAAGUGUGUGGUUAAGCCUCUACAAGCCAAGGGACAACAGAAACCAAUAGAAAUAUUAGGUACAGUCCACAACACUUAGUUUGUAACACUUUAGAGCACGAACAUGUCAGGCUGCUGAUAAAUACUCUGAAAAUUAAAAUAAAGUCUUUUGUUAUGAGGAUAAGAUGCUAAGUUUAUUUCUUCCUGUUCAUCACCUGCAGUCAGCUGCUGGUGUUGGAGGUCAGCGCCACCCCUCUGCACAUUUGCCUCCCCCCAAAAUCCCCCAGCUCACACCUGCUGACAGCCUGUGAGGACGGCCUGCACUGCUACAACACACAACUGGGCACCAACAACAGCUCAAAGAGGUAAACAUGCCCGCGGUGUGUGUGUGUGUACAUUUCUUUAUCUUCUUGUAUUCCUGACAGACAGACUCCUUGUUGCUUUGAUGCAUUGACAUUCUUGCAUGGAGGUAUAAUGCCUAACUAUCCCAUCGUAUUAUUCUUGUAUCAGUGCUUAAAGCUGAGCUGAAAGCUUUCUCAUUACUUUAAAAAUUGUCUGCUCACGAUUGACUGUCUGAAGCCUCCUGUGGAACAUUUUCCCCGAUUAUCCUGCAAAAAAUAAAAAAGUAACAUAAGCAAGCAACAAAACAAAAGAGUUUCAGGAUGAAGUAAAAUAUGAUUCUUUCUCUGCAGGUCUAAGGAGAUGGAGAUAACGUUCCCCAUUUAUGAGAAGGAAGACAAAGACACUGACUAUCACAUCAUUGAUGGGCUGAAAUUUCUCACAGACGACAUCGUGGGUGAGUGAUGCUUUCACCGUGGACCACAGCUCCAUAGUGGUCUCAUUUACAGUCUGUGUGAAAGCCUGGAGUAUUGAGGAUCUGUGUAAACUUAGAGCGAACUGUUGUUGUGUAUUUAUUUUAAAUGUUUUAUAAUCUCAAGGGUGUGAAUUUGGAAAACAUCGCUGAUCCCUGAGUGAUUACUGAAAAAAGUUACACUUGGUUUUAUAAAUCUGUCUCCAAAAUGCUUUUCUUACCUACCCUUUCUUUACAAGGCCACUAGAGGGAGCUACGAUAAGUUAAAUGUUGGUCCCUGACUUGUCAGAACAGUAUGCUGAAUGUCACAGCAUAAAUUUAAUGUCCCUAAACUCUGUUAUAAAUCAACACAGACCUCAUACAGAGGUGAAACAGACAUGUUAUAUAAUAUGUAACUUGGGAACGGCAGGUCUAAUCAGUCAUACUUGUGACAGGUUUGUCAGCUGUGUCAGGUUGAGAUUUAUGGAGACUGUGUUCACUAAGUGAAAAUGUUUGAACUCUUUAAACUUUACCCCCUUUUGCCCUUUUUUUUCUCUGCAUUUCUCUAACCUCGUCUCAGCUUUCUUCCUUUUUUUAAUUUUCCCAUCUCAUUGUUUUUUAUGGUUUUUCUAGCCUCUAAGAACUUCACGCAGGGUUCAAUCUGCCUGUGGAGCUGGAGCAGGACAAAAGCUCAGAGGCCUGGUAAGAAGCACAAAGACGUGACAGCUGUGAUUCUGGCUGAGCUGCAGUGGGCCAACACUGACAUCCCGUACCUGGCCCUCAACACCUGCCCAGGCAAGUCUUCGAUUUAUAUGAGCUGAUUAGAAAACAAAGGUGAUUUGACUGCAAAUGUGGUCGUCUGGUUUGUUAGGAGGUCUAUGUUUACACCCCCACAGUCUGUUCUUUUUGUUCAUUUUCUUAUAACUAGAAGUGGCUUCUUUGCGUGUUUUUAUUUUUAUAUUUCCAGAAAUGGUCUAAACAGUCCUUACAAAUGAGUCACUGAGGAACUGAUCUCUCCAGUACACUUUCUGAGGAAGGAAAAAAUGACCUUGUAUUUAGACUAAUGUCCUGAUUGUGUCUCCAUCACUCUGUCUCUCCUUCCUCUUUCUCUCUCUUUAGGCCAGGCGUACAUAGUCUGUGGUGAUGACAAGGGCAAGCUGUGGACCUACCACGUCACUGACCUGCAGAAGAACAGUUUCCGGACCGGGAAACCCAUCCAGCCCACGGAGGUAUUCAUGUCCUGUCAUUUUCCUCUUACACUACAGUUCUGCUGAGAUUUGAGAAACCUGGAGGCUUGACUACUUCUCUUUUGGUAACUGCUGCACUUGGUGGCAUUGAGGGAAAGUGAGGUGAAAACAAACUCACAGCUCAUCCCCAGUUUAUGGAUGAGAAGAAAACUUAAACUGUAAAAUUACUGCCUCAGCUCUUCUUAAUGACUAAAUGGAACAGUUUAAAGACCAACUUUCUGUUUGAACCACUAGGUGUGUGUCCUGCGGGGAUGAUCUCAGAUGAUUUAUAGGUGUAUUUUAUUCGAAGUUGAGGUGAUGUAAACCUCCAGACUAAACCGUUUGAAUGUAGGUCGCCUCUGUUGUAGUGAUAGAACCACAUUCCUGUAUCUUCGCAGUCUUCUCCUCACCUGACCAAGGGCACCUCUUCUGCUAUAAUGAGCCGUCAGAGAAGAUCAGUUAUUUUGCAGCUUUAAGUCUGUUUUCACAUAAAUUUCGCUCUCCACGCUUUCGUCUUUUCAUCAGGACAUACGUUUUGACUCUCUCUCGUUUUCUCACAAAGCACUUUUAAAGCCUGUUCACUCUUCUUGAUUGAGAAUUCACCCUGUUAUUCCAAAAAGUGACUUAAAAUGAAUAAACACAAAGGUAAAUUAACCUCUGACCCCUUUAUUUUGUUAGCGUGUAACUUGAUCCAUUCAAAUAAGCGUUUCUUACCAAAUUGGAGAGCUCAGACAAACUACUUAUCCAUCCUUCGCUUCACUCACUAAUUAGUGUUUGUGUUUUGGCAGGUGCUGGAGUGGCCGGCCCCGCUGAGGAAGGGAGCAGGCCCGGUGAAGGGUCCCUCCAUUAACAGUGUAGCAAUGGACCCCGAGCUCAACUUCCUGGUGGCUCUUAGUGACAAAAACAUGGUGAUCGUGUGGAAGAGAGAUGAGUCAUCCUGA